CCAGGUGUACUAGAAGCCAAAAAGCGGAAAAUUGAAGAGCUUCAGCAACGACCUAUUAGAGACAUCCAUCCACCGAUAGCAGCACUGAUAGGAAGAACCAAAGCCAUGAUUGAAGAGGAAGUGAAGAAUAAUAAAUUCAUGAUGACAAAAAGUUUUCAGGAUGCUAAAGAAAAGCUCCAAAAGAACCAUGUAGUUAUCAUCAAGGGGAACACUGGAGAUGGGAAAACAGCUACCGCAGUUCAGCUGAUUCAUUUGCUCUGUAAGGAGCAACAGGGCAGACAGCCUGUAGAACUCCACAACAUUGAACACUUAGAUUUCCUGCCAAUAAAAUCUCAAUUGAUUACUUUCAUUGAUGAUAUUUUUGGAGAAAAAGUUGUGUGUGAAAGCGAUGUUGUAGAGUGGAACAAAAGGAUAAAAUCUAUUCUUCCAAUGCUUCGUGGGGAUAAAGAUACCGAGGCAAAUUUCCUUCUCAUCACAAUUCGUAAUGAGGUUUUUAAUUCUUUGAAAAAAUGUUCUUUGGAAAAAAUAUUCACUGAAUUCAACAUUACUGAUCUAAGCUCUAACAAUUACAAAGUUAAAGAGGAAAAAGAAGAACUUUUAGAGUUGUACAAACCUAAAACCGAUGGGUUUUCAUGGUCAGAAAAAGAGAAGGAAGAGAUUGUUAAAUGUGCCCCAGGAAUAGGAUUCCCACAAUGUUGUCGGUUAUUCAGAGAUAUCCCUGAUUUGCAGGAGAAGAGAGUAGAAUUUUUUAAGUUCCCUUUCCUUUUUUUGAAAGAAGCAUUAUCAAAAUUGACAGAAUGUACUGCCCUUUUGUUUCUCUUCCUCAGUGAAGGUGAAAUUAAGGUAAAGGAUCUAGAACCUAAUGGAGAAAAAGUCAGUAAAAUAUUACUGGAGCAAUCCUUUAAAGUUGAUUUAUUGGGUGUUAAGGAUGACAAAAGUAUGUGGUCUUAUGAGAAAAAAAUAGGAUUUGUACAGCAAAAUUUAGAAGCUUUCUUAGGUUCCUUGGUAGUGAAAGAAAAACAUUGGUCAGGGGAUGAUGUGUACCGAUUUUAUCAUGACUCUAUACAUGCCACAGUAGCACUUUUGUAUGGUGCAAAAAGUCCAAAAGGGUACAUAGAGCAUUGUCCAAGAAAUUCUCUGAGAUAUAUAACAACUUCAAAAAGGUUGUCAGACAGAAUUGUCAUAUCACCAGAGAAAUACACAUAUAUGUAUGAAAGAUUACACCGAGAGUUUGAAUGUGAAGACAAAUACGGUGCUUUUAUUGACUCUCUAGAUGUAUGGACUGAUGGAGAAUUUCUGAGGGGAUUUGUCAGAUGGCUGAGUGAGGAAAAUGUUGAUAAACUUGAUGUGUUGAAUAAAGCAUGUUCUUCAGGUGCAGAAAAAAUUGCUUUACAUCUUCUUACUGAGGGUGUGAAACCGGACAUGAACACCCCAUUGUGGUCAUUGAUCAAGAGACGUUGUUAUGUUGAUGGAGAGUAUGUGGAUGUACUUAAAAAAGUUGUUGUAUACUUGAAUGAUGAGAUAAAACUUGACUUGUUGAACAUAGCAUGUUGCUCUGGUCUAGGAGUAUGUUCUAAAUAUCUUCUGUCUGAGGAGGUAGGUUGUGAAGAGAACACACCGUUUUGUGCAGUGAAGCAAAAAAGUGUGAAUGUUCUUAAAAAUAUUGCCAGUGGUUUGAAUGAUGAGAUAAAACUUGCUGUGUUAAAUGUGUCUUGUUAUACUGGAUCAGAAGAAUGUGCUACAUAUAUCCUGUCUAAAGGUGUAAAACCUGACUGGAACACUUGGAAUUGUGGAAGUAGGGGAGGAAGUGUGAAUAUAAGAGCUAAACUAGGGGAGUGUAUAGUUGAUUUGGAAAAGAUGGGAGACAAUCUACCAUUAUCUCAUAACAAUGCUCUAUAUCAUGCGUGUUGGUGUGAGAGAGAAAAGGAGGUAGAAAUAUUGUGUGAAACUUAUCCACACUUGAUAGACGACACUGAUCAGGUUGGACUAACCCCGCUCUUUGUUGGGGCAGAAACAGGAAACCUUGGUAUAUUUCACAGAGUGGAGAGAUUUAUACUUAAAUCCUUACAACGAGAUGAAGUUGAACAUCACCAGUGUGAGUCAGUAGAUGGUCGUGUGGUACAUAAGAACUGUGUGUGUUCUCAGUACAUGUCUCAGAAGGUGGAUAUAGAAGGGGAAACAGUAUUACAUGCGAGUUGUAGGAAUGGACACAUGGAGAUUUGUAAAUAUUU